AACACACACACAUGACGCCAUAUUGCUACGGUAACAGUAAUGUUUAGCCACAAGGAAAACACAAAAUAGUCCCCCUCAACGUGGUGGUACAUUAAAUUAUUGUUAGUUAAUUACCGUAUGUAGAGUUAUAUUUUUACAAUCACUAAUAAGCAUUUAAAAAUAAUCUUUUCACUGUAGGAACCAAUGUCGUUUGUUGUUGUUUUGUUGUUAACCGGUAGAUAUUUCUGACGCACUCAACUGUUCACGUUCGGUUAGCACUAGCGUUGUUAGCAUUAGCUGAGCAGAGAAGCUAGCUCAUAGUAAACAAUCUGUGUGUUUACUCAUACAUGAAAGCAUGUAUAGUGAAAGCGCUCAUUAAAACAUCACUUCUAGACGUAUGUCCGCUUGUCGUAUUGUCGGGUUAUCCUCUUAUUGAUCUGAUUGAGUCGGUAGUUAACGUGUUUAUCGAGCUGCUCGUCGGUUAACGUUCAGGUAACGUUGGAAACAAGGCGUGACGUCAACAGAUCGAUAUCCUACAGAGUAUAUAGACACAGUAGUCACCUGUUGUUGUUGGUAUGCAACGAUAAUCUGCUAAGUGUGAACCCGAACACUGACCACACACCUGAACUAGCUGCAGUAGCUUCAGCUGGACCCUCUUAGGCCCACGGGAUGGCUGCUGGACCUGCAGCCGGACCAAGUACCUCCAACAAGGACCUCAUAGACCUGUACGGGGACCUGAACCAGAACGACGAGGAUUUGGACAGAAUCGCUGAAGCAAAUGAACUUUAUGAUGCUGUUCUGACUGGCUCAGUCGAUCGGGACAAGAAAGUCACUACAAAUGUGCCUCAAAACAAGACGCCAACUAAAGACGAGGCUAAACCAACAACACUGAAAAGCCAACAAGGAAGACACUCACUGAGGAGACUGGCUUUAUAUGUUGGAAAUUUUCCCUGGUGGACAUCUGAUAAGGACAUCAUAUGUAUGGCUCAAACGUUGGGUGUAAAGGACAUCAAAGAGAUCAAAUUUGCUGAAAAUAAAGCUAAUGGCCAGUCAAGAGGCUUCGCCGAAGUGGUGGUAACCUCAGAAGAGUCAUUAAAAGUAUUGUUGGAAAAAAUACCCCAAUGUGAGCUCAAUGGGGACAGGAUAGACUGUCGCUUCGCCACUCGACAGAACCUCAGUGUGUUUGAGGACAUGGCAAAUAAACGUAUACCCCUGCGUGUUAAUUCCAAAGAUGCUAAGGACUCAGAAACUUCAGAAAAUAUUCCCUCGUUAUUAUCACAGGAGCCCAGUCCUCCCCCUAUACCUCCACUCUUUCCACCACAUCCACUUGCAAACAGGUUUCCCUCAUUACCCAACCCUUUCAAUCAUCCACCUCCUCCCUUCCCACAUAUGCCUCCAAACAUCGCUCCACCCAUGCCACCCCCUUUGUUCCCUCCUCCUCCAAUCCACGUUCCCAUCCAGCCAUCUCCCAGUCUGCAUGUAAAUCCAGCAUUCUUCAACCCAGCACAAGACGGACACAGCAGCAAUGCCUACAGCCAACAAAAUCACACACCUCGAAGUACAGACAGAGAUUUUGAGGAACUGAUGAACAGAAAUAAAGCCGUUGCCAGCAGUGCCAUCAGCAAGGCCGUGUCUGGAGCAACAGCUGGAGACUUGCGGGUGGCCAUGGAGACGCUAUUAACUGCCAUUGCCAUCAUUAAGCAGUCCAGAGUGUACGGAGAUGAACGAUGCCAAGCCCUGGUCACCUCACUCAAAGACUGUCUAGUCUCUAUCCAGGGCAACUAUGGCUACAGGAGUAGCAGUCGUUCUGGGGAAGACGAAAGAGACCGGGACAGGGGGCGCGACAGAGAGCGAGAGCGAGAUAGAGAACGCGACAGAGAAGAUUCUUCUGGUUGGGAAGGAAUGUCUCGAAGACACAGACAACGUUCCCGGAGCGGGGAGAGAGACAAGGAACGCUCCCGGGAACGGGAACGGGAAAGGCACAGAGAUCACAGAGACCGAUACCGCUAACUUGACUGAUGGAGUGUUUAAGUGUGAAGCUGAGCGAAGACAAGAUUUUUUUUGUUUCUGCACCAAGUUGCAUAAAAAUCUGGACGAAUCUAAGGUGAGACUGAAGAUGUAUCUCCAAAAGUCUAAAAGUGAAGUGUACUUUUUUUUUUUUUGUUCACCAGUCGUCUGUACAUACUGGGACUUUUACCUGUUUUAGGAAAAAAUGUGGUUGUAGAUUUGUUGCUGGGACAUCAGAUUCCAAUGCUUGCAUGUGCAGGAACACCUCUUAAUAACUUAUGAAAUACAGUGUAAUGUUUAUCACUUUCUUUUGUAUUAAAUCUAGAUUAAAACACAUCCCCUGAAAAAAAUA